AGCAAUCAGUAGGCCGGGUGGAGUACUCCUUGGCAGGGUUACAGCAAACGUUUAGGUAUAGUGUCCAGUAUUAUAUACAAAUGCUUUGCCUGCUAUCACCAAGACGUUGACCUUCUCAAGCUGCGAAUAUCGUUUCAUAUGGCCAGGGUACGUACUUGGCUCGCAACAGGUAUGGAACGAACAAAAGGGCUUGUCUUGUGUAGCCAGUCCUGAUUUUGCCGGUAAAGAUCAGGUGUAGCGAUGCCGCGACUACUCGCACUACUAAUGGAAGGUAUGCACGCUGCACGGCUGCGCGCGGCUGUACGACUUCUUGGAACCAGCUGGCAGCUACAUCAUAGCAAGCCUGUCAGAAACAAUUACCCAAUUCCUAUUUUAAAAUCCUGCUUGGUAUAUUUAUUUCGGGUGGAACAGGAGCAGCGCAGUAAAGUUAUCCUACGGCGUAGACCUCAUCAUUAGCCACGGUCGCCUUGUUGUGGCAAGUAGCUUGAAGUGUCGUCGCAGAUGGAUGUUGAUAUACGUAUCAACGGCUGUGAAGGCAUACCCCGUAUGGAUGUUGUAGGCCAUGCCGACCCCUACGUCAUCCUCGUCAUAACAGCACCUGACGGUAAGCAACAGUUCCGGUACAAGACCGAAGUUGACUACAACACAGCGGAUCCUUGCUGGGACGAGGAGAUAAGCCUGCGCAACGUACCGCCGGGUACCCGUUGCUUUUUCCAGAUCAUAGACAAGGAUCAACUUGUACGGCACGACGACAUCGGCACUUGUGAGCUGCUUAUCCAGCCGGACGCCUGCCACGAGGUGAAGGGCUGCGACAACACCAGCAACGCCGCAUGCAGCACCAAGAGCAACAGCAGCAGCAGAAGAAGCAGUAGCAGCAGCGGAAGCUGCGCUCUCGGCCGUUUGUCAGUAAGCGGGGCAGCGGCAACGGUAACGCAAUCAACGGCAGCGGUGGGGACGGCAACGGUGGUGGCCGCAGCAACAGCAGCAGCCUGGGAACAGAAGCAGGGCUCCGGGAGUGGCGGCGAGGGGAACUGUUGGAACCUGCGGUUGCCCAUUCGGCCUGCGAAGUCAGUGUCAUCGCGAGCGGGCCUUUUGCUGCUGACGGUGCGCUGUCAGCCAGCCAACCGGCCCCAGGGACCCCUGGAGCACUGCGGUCCUGUCCGGUUCCGAGUGUCUGUGUCGACCGUGGCAGGUGUCCUGACUGGGCACACCGAUGAGGACGGCUGGCUGGCUUACGCGGCUUACAAGCUGAGGCUGGCUGGUGUACGGAAGUUCUUUUCGGAAGGCGCCACGCAACACUGGAACGAAAAGUACGACAAGGCCCGAAUGAUCUUCCACAGUUCAACCAUGAUGGCGGCGGUGCAAGCCCAACACGCUGUCCUUUACGCAGACAACGGCCAAGCGAAGUUCCGCGGGACCCUCCGCUGCGGCGGCGACCUGGUGUCGCUGCUGCACGGCGGCGUGCGGGCGGCGCAGCGGCGCUACUACACCUACUGCCUGUUGGAGGACGGCAGCAUGUGCUUCAGUGAGACCGGCGCCGCCUUCUUCUCCGACUUUAUGUCCAAGCACGCCAUGCAUGCGGGCUGCGCGGACAAGGUGGUCUUUGCGGGCGAGUUCUGUCUGCUCCCGCCCGGCAUGCCGCCUGUGUUCCCACACCCUGCCGCCUCCACCUCCUCCUCGCCCUCCACACACACGCCCCCUCCGGCCGUGAUCACAGCCGCACAAGCAGCGGCUGAUGCGGCGGCGGCUACAGCGGCCCUGCCCUCCGCUGCCAGCAACUCCAGGUGCCGUAGCCCCGCCCCCACUGACGGCAGCAGCAGCAGCAGCAGCACCACCACCACCGCCAACGGUGCACCCUCCUCUACCACCACCAACGGCGCCUCCACCACCUCCGGCGGAUGGACCCUGGUGAUCGACAACAACUCGGGCACCUACGCGCCGACGGAGGCGCUGCUGCCUGCACUCAAGGGCCUUCUGGAGUACAACUUCCCCGGCUUGCAGGUGGAGGUUGUGGGUGCGGGGGAGAAAGCGCGGUUGGAGGCAUACCACGCGCGGAUACCCAGCCGCGUCAAGGCUUGCUGACGACGUGCCGGGUAUGUUGGGGGGUGGUUGGGGGCCUGGGUACGAGGCGCUGUAGGUAUAUGCCACCGUAGUAUAUGGCACUUACCUGUCUAGGCAGAGGUACGGCGGUCGCAGACGAAGGAGGAGAUUGCAGAGAUUUUUGCGCGGCUUUCACGACGACUGGGGUCCCAAAAUGCUGUUGCUGCUGUCUGCAGCGACGAUGACGACGCCGAAGCGUGAUAAGACGUGUUUGCUUGAUCGCACACAUGGACGUACGGCGGCGGGAGCUUGCUACACUUUCGGAGGGACUCUUCGCUCGUGACAAUCCAGAUGCAAUCCCACUUGUGACCAAACAGAACCUUAGUUUGAGCAUAAUGGUGGGCAUAGUAACGAGCCCUGGAUGCCAAGGGAUGUCUUGCGCCAGUUAGAUGGCACUUACUGUCUAGGCACCUUUCCAUUGGUGGUGCUACUGCUGCUGCUGCUUUUAGUGUAGUAUGGUGGAGAAUAUGGAUUUUUGUGAUUUUGUGAGCUGGAUGUGUUGCGUGUCUGGUUUUACUUAUUAGGGCGUGUUCACAUGUGCGCGAAUCGGGGUGAAUCGGGGUGGAUUGGCAGUCGGAUUGGCGCCAAUCCGACCUGAAUCCCAAUCGGGGUCUGGG